CUGUGAGUGCUGCCAACGGGAGAUAUUCAAGGGCAACUAAUUGCCAGCUCAGAAAAGCUCCCAUCCCACAAGGAGAGAGAGGCUGCGAUUGCUGUAGCCAGAGCUUCUGCUGCUCUCGCUGCUAGCAUCCUUCCUGGCAGGAUCAUCAUCAUGACCGAGGCAAGCAGCAGAAAAGAAGGAUUUAAAAAAUGCCGGAGUGCCACUUUCAGCAUUGAUGGCUACAGCUUCACAAUCGUUGCAAAUGAGGCGGGAGACAAAAAUGCUCGGCCACUUCCACGAUUUGCUCGUUCGAAAUCCCAGAACUGCCUGUGGAACACCAUUAUUGGUGGACUUACAGGAAAUCUUAAGGAAAAGCAGAAACCAACCAUCAUUUAUGAUCAAAGAUCUCCAGAAGAAAUCUUGGCAGAUGAGUUGCCACCUGUGGAGAGUCCUGAAGCACUUGUGAAAACAUCAUUCAGGUUGCGCUCUUUAGUAAAGCAGCUAGAGAGGGGAGAAGCUUCUGUUGUUGACUUAAAAAAGAACUUGGAAUAUGCAGCUACUGUGCUUGAAUCUGUGUACAUUGAUGAAACCAGGCGUCUGUUGGAUACAGAAGAUGAGCUCAGUGAUAUCCAAUCAGAUUCUGUGCCCUCAGAGGUACGGGAUUGGUUGGCCUCCACCUUUACAAGACAGAUGGGGAUGAUGCUGAGAAGGUCUGAGGAAAAGCCACGAUUCAGAAGUAUUGUCCACGCAGUUCAAGCUGGGAUAUUUGUGGAGAGAAUGUACAGAAGAACAUCCAAUAUGGUCGGACUUAGCUAUCCACCAGCUGUAAUUGGAGUGCUCAAGAAUGUAGACAAAUGGUCCUUUGAUGUAUUUGCACUAAAUGAUGCUAGUGGGGAUCAUGCACUGAAAUUCAUUUUCUAUGAACUGCUCACACGCUAUGAUUUGAUCAGCCGCUUCAAGAUUCCGAUAUCUGCUCUCGUCUCCUUUGUGGAAGCCUUGGAAGUUGGCUACAGCAAGCAUAAAAAUCCAUACCACAAUCUAAUGCAUGCAGCAGAUGUCACGCAAACUGUUCAUUACCUCCUUUUUAAGACUGGUGUAGCACACUGGUUGACAGAGCUGGAAAUCUUUGCGAUGAUCUUUGCAGCAGCGAUCCAUGACUAUGAGCACACUGGAACCACCAACAACUUUCAUAUUCAGACACGGUCAGAUACAGCCAUUCUUUACAAUGACCGAUCCGUGCUGGAAAAUCAUCACCUUAGUGCAGCUUUUCGCCUUUUACAAGAUGAUGAAGAGAUGAACAUUUUGUCUAACCUCUCAAAGGAUGAUUGGAGGGAAUUCAGAACUCUAGUGGUGGAGAUGGUGCUGGCGACUGAUAUGUCCUGUCACUUCCAGCAAAUAAAAGCCAUGAAGAAUGCAUUGCAGCAGCCCGAAGGAAUCGACAAACCGAAAGCCUUAUCACUGAUGUUGCAUACAGCAGACAUCAGUCAUCCCGCCAAGUCAUGGGACCUCCAUCAUCGCUGGACCAUGUCACUGCUAGAGGAGUUUUUCAGACAGGGUGACAAAGAAGCAGAACUAGGGCUUCCUUUUUCCCCUUUGUGUGAUCGCAAAUCCACGAUGGUUCCUCAGUCUCAAGUAGGUUUUAUCGAUUUCAUUGUGGAGCCCACUUUCACUGUGCUGACUGACAUGACAGAGAAGAUUGUAACACCUCUUAUUGACGAAGCCUCCCGCUCUGGCAUGACAGGGUUUAGGCGUUCCAGUCUGAAUAGCAUUAGCCCCUCAGAAGUUAAAAGAUCGAGUGUCAAGAGCACUGGAUCAGAAGGAAGUGCCUCACUCAACUGUUCCAUCCUCACUGUGGACUUCAAAGGUUUUAAAAGCACCUGGACUGAAGUGGUGCAACAAAACCGAGAGAAGUGGAAAGCACAAGCAACCAAAGAAGAAAAAGCAAAGAAAGAAGUGGAGGAGAAUUCUCCACAGGGUGCAGAUGAAAAGAAAACAGAAGACAAUGAAGGGAUAAAACCAGCUGAGGAAACUAGUGCCAGUAAAUCAGAAAACAGUAAAGAAGUGAAAUCAGGAGAAAGUAAGAGCACAGAAGCCAGUAAAGUAAAUGGGACUCGUCAAAGUGGUGUUAGCAAGCAUGAAGCUUCUCAAGGGAAAAAUGUAACUCGGGUGGAAAAGGAGACAGAUUCCAAUCCAACAGCCGGAGACAAGAAACAGCAUGUACAGAAUGAUCCAGAAGAGUAAAAAAAAAAAAAAAGUAAUCAAAGAGAGACUGCAAAUUUCUUUCAUCAUUUUAACUGAUCUUCGUAAUUCUCCUCCUCCUUCCACAAAGACCCGUUUCUGUGGAGGGCCUUGCACAACUUUCCAAGCCACUGCUUCUUUCCCUCCUCUCACUGGCUACUUCGCAGUUCAUGACUCUGGGGGCUUUCACUUCGGGAUUUAUUUAUUUUUCUUUUCAUGUAAGUGAAGGGUUUUUUAAAAAGUGAGAUUUCCCCUUAGCAAAAUGACUCUUCUUUCGGGACUUGCAAAUCAAGCAAAUGUUAGACCUUUUGAUGGUAACUGAAGUCCCAGCUUGCACAAAAUAUUCUGAUGCAGUGGAGCAGAGAACUGAUACCCAAGUGGAAAGAGGCUUGAAACACUGUUGUCUCUAUGAGUUAUUUUAAUGUACAAAAAAGAAGCAUUGGGAUAUCUGUCCAAAUGAUAAUUUAGAGCUUUUUUUUUUUUAAGAAAUCAGGCUAUUUUACAAAUAAGCAAACUGCUGAAUUCCUAGAUAGCUUUAUAGUAUUUUUCAAAAAAAAUACAUUCUAUAGAUUUCAUUUGCUUGAUGUCUCCUUGGUCUGUAUCUUUUAUUGUGGUUCAUUUGAUCCGUCCUUUUGUUGGGCUGGUAUUGCAGCAGGAAUGUUGCUGGAGCUGCAGGUGAAUGUGUUGCCUCUGAUGUCUUCUGUAACAUGCACACUUUAAAAAGGACACAUCCUCUACUUGAUUACUUGCAGGCACUUCAGUCAACUUUGAAAACACUAAUAGAGGGAGGUCAAGAACAGGGCAAACAGAUCAAUUCUUCUUUUGAGAUCCAUGCAACAAAGCACUCAUCACUGGUUGAGCUGAUGGAAGGAAACAUGUAAUUGGACAUCACAGGCAGACAGAGUAAGAUGUGAAUUCAGCUAAGCUGGUCGUCCAUUUUUGCUCAUCUGCAGUGACAUGAAGGGGCAAUGUGCAUUUCUGGGUGGGUGAGCUGUGUCCCACAUGUUAGCUUUUUAAAAGAGAGGUGGAGGGCAAAUUACUUGUCUGAGUGGGCACCCCCCAACCCCCGCCACCGGAGCCACCUUUGCUCAUCUGCAGGUCUGCCCACUAGUUUGGAUUAGGAAGGGCUUGUAUAUUGCAUCUUACCACUGUAAUGCUUGCCAGUGAUGAUGCGACUUUACCCAAAGAUUUAGCAUUGGGAAGGUAAUUCACCCCAGCCAUAAUAGUGCAGCAACAUUAUUAUUUAUUUAUUUAUUUGUUUGUUUGUUUAUUCGAUUGCUAUACCGCCCUUCCAAAAAUGGCUCAGGGCAGUUUACACAAAGAAAUAAUAAAUAAAUAAGAUGGAUCCCUGUCCCCAAAGGGCUCACAAUCUAAAAAGAAACAUAAGACAGACACCAGCAACAGUCCCUGGAGGUCCUGUGCUGGGGGUGGAUAGGGCCAGUUACUCUCCCCCUGCUCAAUAAAGAGAAUCACCACAUUAAAAGGUGCCUCUUUGCCAAGUUAGCAGGGGUUAUGGCAAUGUCCGUUAACUCAGCUGCUGUCUGAGGCAAUUGCUCCUCUCUUCGACCCAGAAAUUUGUGAAUUAAAGGCUGACUCCAGUGCAGUGCCGUAGACACUAGUCCUGUUAAGUGUGAUCGACAGCUUGAUACUAUGCAAGUUUAUUCAGAAGUAAGCCUCAUUGAGUUCAUCAGGAGUUAGGGCUGGUUCAUCUGAAACAUGGGACACAUAGAAAAGAACAAACCCAUGAAGGGUUCCAUGUAACCUGGUGUCUUACUGAAAGGAUUCUUGACUGAAGUCUCAGCCUGCUGGAGUGACUUCCCUCUGGGCCAGAGCUGCACAACUUUGGCUCUCCUGAAGGCGUAGAAGUACAACUCCCAUCAUACCUCACUAUUGCCCUCUGUGGCUAGGGCUGAUGGGAAUUGUAGUAAAAAAACCAAAAACAGCCGGAGGACCAAAGUUAUGCAGGUCUGCUCCAGGCCAUCAGUUCUUGGUGUGUGAAUGGUGCACAUGAAGGUGACAGUGAACAGGUUAAAAUCUCUUUAAAUGAGAUGCUUGGCCACAUACAAUGUUACACUGGUGACUGUUCUUUGCAUAACCCACAAUGCAUACAUACUUAUUCCUGAGUAAGUAUCUAUAGGAUCACAAUCUUCUUUAGAUUUACAAAGAUUCUGUCUUUCUUCAAAGCAAUUCUGGUAACUGUCAUUUUGCCACAGGGUUAGGCAUCCUUAAAGAAGCAAUCUCUGCUUACUUACAAACAAUUCAUAUUAAACUAGUUUGAAAUAUAUUUGCAUUUGUGGUGUAGAUGUGCAGUAAUACAUUCUCACAUUCUGACACAUUCAGACUAAGGCUCAGGGUGGAAAAUAACAUUUCCUUGGUACUAUUCUCGAAAGUGGGAAAUGGCAGAAAGAAAAUAGUGACUUGCUCAAAGCCCAUGGCGUCCGAAACUCCUCCUCCCAGACACUCUAAAGGCCGGAGAAUAUUUUUGUAAAGAAAUAAUUUAAAAUGCAUGUGCUUGAAAGCUUUAAAGGACAUUAAUGGGAUUUUGUGCUGUGCAGCCUGAUUUUAUGCAUGUUUAUUCAGAAGCGACUCUUGAGUUCAGAAUGGCAUAAGUGUGCAUAGGACUGUAGCCUUAAUUUUUUUCCUCCCUAGAGCAAAGUUUUAGAAAGGAUUCAUAGCUUGUUCUAUUCUUUUCUGGCUGACACAAAUGAGAAGCUAAUUAUUUACAAUCUCAAGCUUUCAAGAAUAUAUAUUUACACAGUAUCUUUGAAUUCCACUUAUAUUAUGGACACAGAAAUAACAUUUUUGGGAAAGUUUGUCUUGUAUCUUGAAUGCUGCUCUACUCCACCCCCCAUCAGAGAAUGUUAUCUAUCUAUCUAUCUAUCUAUCUAUCUAUCUAUCUAUCUAUCUAUUUAUUCCAUUUCUCUCCUGAUCUUCCUCCAAGGAGCCCAGAGCGGUAUACAUGUUUACGAGAACCCUCACAACAACCCUGUGAGGUAGGUUAGGCUGAGAGAUACAUGACUGGCCCAGAAUCACCCAGUGAGUUUCAUAGCUGAAUGAGGAUUUGAAUUCGGGUCUCCUCGGUCCUAGUCCAACACUCUAACCACUACACUAUACUAACCCUAUUAACUGGGCAAGCACCAAAAUUGCUGCAGUGCAUGCACAAGCAGCCUGAGGCCCUUUCUCUUUCACCCAGGGGUCAUCAUACAUGCACAAUAAAAAAGUACUGAGGUAGCAGUGUGUAGCUGAAGAUGCCCCAUGGACUGAACUGGCAUUACAUUACAGCGUUGCCUGCAGUAUUUCCUUUUACAUCCCACCCUCUGACCCAUACAUCUCUAGGCGAGACUUUUGGGUUCUUCUAUAGAAGAAAUAGAUACUAAACAUUUUCCAUCUGACUUUCCUAAUGCUUUCUUCACUAUUGUUAUCAUCUCAGGUAAGUCUUGAAUUGUUGGUCAUUCAUAUCCUCAUGCCAUACAGUUCACUGGGAUUAUCUUCCGUGUAAUUCUGAAACAUUCAUUGCUUGAAAGCAAUUCUUGUUGUGAGGGAUUGUGGCUUAGAAGCAGCAGGAAAGAAACAGGAAAUAGUGUGCCCUCUGUCCUUCUGUGUUCCUGUGUUUUGAAAGAUUUCCUGGCCUUGUGCAAGUCAUUUUCUCUCUGCCUCCACUGCAUGUUUGUAAAUUGGAAUAGUGUAAUACAAUGAAUCACACCUCAGGGAGGACGUGAAGACAGACAAGAUCCAUAUUUGAGUAUAUAGUGGUUAUUUGUGAAGCAUCACUGCUUCAUUUCACUCCCCAGUCUUUACUGUUAGAAAGGAAAGUAGAGAACGCAGUUAAAAUGGCUGAAAAGGGGUAACUCUGGCAUUUCCCCUUACCUAAUUUCCAUGCCACCCUGAUUCCCCUAACCCUUGCAUUAGUUACCUCUCAAUAUCCGUUGGCAUCUUGCCACACUCACAAUUCAGGGAAUGUGCUUAAGGAGUUUUCUUGGCCUUGGCCUUUCUCACAAUCUCAGUUCCCCAUCUGUAAGUGGAAAUCCAUAAUAAGAGAAGAGAAGCCAUGGGGUGUGUGUGUGCGUGUUGAAGGAUUUUCUGCCAUGGACUCACUAUCUAGCCUUGGUUAAAUCACUUUCAGCCUUAGUUCCCUUGGCCUCCAUCUAAUGAUAUCCAUAUUGUGAUGACUUAUGGAUGUUUUAAAGGAACAUAUAGUACAGAUUAAAGGGAGUAAUACUGAUUUGUGUGAGCAUAUCACAUAAUUUUACUCUGUAUUUCCGGUGGAGAAGAAGCUGAAGCAGAGAAUAGAGUUGGAGUAGGAGAGAAUAUGAAGUGCAGUUAGAACUUGUUUACAUUCACCAAGUGUGAUCCUGUUUCUCUCUCAACUGGAGCACGAAUAUAUACAUUUUCUUAUAACUGCCCCCCUCCCACCUCCAUGAAUCUCUCAUAUGCUGAGAAAGGAUUAAUUUUAAAUCUAGAAUCACUACCACCCUACUACUCUACUUGCAGUUGGAAAAAAUGCAAUGGAAGUUUGCACCAUGUGCACCACACACAUACAUGUACGUACACACACACACACACACACACACACAGAGCCUUUUUAGGGUCCAUUGACAUAUACACAGUGAACAAAAUUCAUGCCUACAGAUAACCCUGACUGGAUUUUAUACCACUCAGCCAUUACAACCCAGAAUAAAAGUGUUCUUACUGUUUUCAAACUACACCUGACCAGAGAGGACUCACACAGCCUUCUCUCCUUCCCCAGUCUCUGACUGAUGAUUUGCAGCCAGGAUAUUUGUUUGGAAUGCCAGCCACCAUGCGGUGCAGAAGACAACUGCUUGCCUCUUGAAUUCCUUUUGCUGCAUUCCUGAUGCAUUUUCAGACUUUGAGUACAGUUUGUAUAAGUACAGUGCACCUAAGUAAUUUUGGAGCCUGGACCUAAAGGUCUUUGGAGCCCCCGCCCCUGCAAAUUAAGCAUCAUCAUGCUCUGCCAGGGGACCACACCCCCUGGGAUAAACUACAGAGGUUUUGGGGGGGCCCGGGGGCUGUGGCGGCCCUGGACUUUGGGCCCAAAGUCCAGGGGUAAGAGCACCUCUGACUGUUUGUAGGACUGUGCAAAGUUUCAGCGGCCUACUUGGGUUUGCCCCACUUCACCCCAAAGCAAAGUGCUGUCUGGGGGUACAGACCAAGUGGGGUCAAAGCAAAGCAAGCAAGGCAGACCGCUUUGGCCCCUUGAAGCUUCACUUUUAAGUGUCAAGCCACAGAACGUGGCUGCUUGCUCUCUCCCAGCAGGGUGCAAAGAGGAGUAUAGAGGCUUCUCUCCUCACCCCUGCUGGUCCUGGUAAACAGGUUGAGGGCUGAAGGGGGCUGAAGCAUUGCCUUAAGCCAAUGAAGGGUUUGGCUUAAGCCAAGUGGGCCCCCUCAAAGUGAGACUGAAGGGGGCUAAAUCAAAUCUGAGACCCUUUGGAAGCUCCAAAGUGGUCCCCAAAGCGAAGUGGUCCUGCUUCACACAGCCCUGCUGCUUAGAUUCUCUGGUUCCAAUCCUAAGCACACUUGCUAAACAGUAUUCCCCACUGAAUGCAGCAGGACUUAUUUGUAAGUAAACACACAUAGGAUUGUACUGUAAGAUAUUUAGUAAGGCCCAGUCUGUAACCAAAAUUUUACUUAUAUGUUUGUGUGAUACAUUCAUUUCUCUGUGGAUUCAUUCAAAUGGCAUUGAAUGAGGGGUGGAACUGGUGAUGAAGCUUUCAGCACCACUUUUCGGGGGCAGACACCCCUGUACAUCAUCAUAGACCCAAUAUGCAAAUAUCACCAACAGUAGCAAGAGAAGAUCGGAAUUCUGCCACAUAUAGAGUGUAGUGCAAAAAGAAGGAUGAAAAAAGAGUGCAUGAUAUAAGCCCAUGAAAAAUCACCCCCUUUCUUGUUGCUGUUAAACCCAGCAGUAGUAUAAAUUGCUUAGAUCAUUUUUCAGCUUUCAGAAAAUAUUGAAAAAUGUAUAGACUAUAAUAUUUGUGCCUAGGUUUCCCCCCGAAUCCAUUAACUAAGAAUUCCCGGUUUCUAAAUUCAAAUCCUCCAAAUAGCUGAACACAAAGAGGCCUAAAAUACCUGCCCCUGGGUUUAUUCAAGCAUUUUCAAAGAGUAUCCCUUUGAAAAAUUGAGAUCUAAUAGUUAUUUCAAAUCUCAAAGUUUCAGGCUGCUUGAAUAUAAGCAACUGAAUUCUUUCGUAAUUUAGUUUUUUUGUCACUUGGACAAAGAAUAAAUAUGCUGUUUUAUUAGGAAAUAGAGGCAGUCAGAACUCCUGGCAUUUAGAUGCAUCCCUGUGAAGUAGAACACAGCAUUCUAUUAGCUUAGUACCUAGUCUUAUAGCUGUUCCUGCUUCAGUAGAAGAACAAUUUGUACAGUACCUACAGCAUCUGUUCAUUUGAUCUUUAUCAGAUUCCCUCAAUGGCAUUUGUAAGAGUUGCACAGCACCAUAUCCUGCUGUGCUGAUUCAGUGCUUACAUAGAAUAACACACACAGAGCUGAAGUUAGUGGCUAUUUCUUUAAUGUGUGUUAGAUCGAAGUCAACCUUAAAGGAUUGCUCCUAUUAACAAAAAAGAUUGCUUCCUAAUUUGUCAGAAACACUAGACAGUCCAAAAAGUCAGGUCUUCUUUCUGCCAUUUAUGAUCUUCUUUUUGCAAUUUUCUUGUGCAGAGAGAGGUAUGAUUUUGAGGGAUUUGUGUAAAUUUGUGGGAUUUCUGAAUGUGUCUCAGUCCAUAACCAGUUUAAGUCAACAUGCUCAGAUUUCAGACUGAGAGCUCCUGAACCUUUGAGUUUGUGGCAGCAGUGCUUUUUAAAGUCAGUCUGGAACAUAGGAACAUAGGCAGCUGCCAUAUACCGAGUCAGACCAUUGGUCCAUCUAGCUUAGUAUUGUCUACACAGACUGGCAGCAGCUUCUCCAAGGUUGCAGGCAAGAGUCUUUCUCAGCCCUAUCUUGGAGAUGCCAGGGAGGGAACUUGGAACCUUCUGCAUGCAAGUAUGCAGAUGCUGUUCCCAGAACGGCCCCAUCCCCUAAGGGGAAUAUCUUACAGUGCUCACACAUAUAGUCUCCCAUUCAUAUGCAACCAGGGAGCACCCUACUUAGUAAUGAGGACAAUUCAUGCUUGCUACCACUAGGCCAGCUUUCCUCUGAGAGAAAGGUCUGAGAUGACUUUUCCCUAUUGUAGAAGAUCAAACCACUGCUAUGGACUCACAAUGAGUUCAGCCUAGACUGACUACCAGCAAUUGAUUGCAGCCACUGUGAAAAGUCUGGUUGUGAUCAGUAAAAACACCUGAGUUGGUCGGAACCCAGCAGCACCAACCAGGUUUUGCACAAUGUGGCAUAUGUAAUCAACAACCCUGAGGUUGCUAAUGUAACUUUUCCUGACCUCCUUUUGUAUUUCUGUUUUUCUGCUGAAAUGGAAAUUAGGGUUGAUUGAACUGUGUCCAUCCCAUGCAAUAUAACCAAUAUAAUAGAAUCUUGAUUUCCUGAACCUCGUUGGAAUGCAGUUAGAAGUCAUCACUAUUGAGUUAGUGAUAAACUAACUCAAUUUGUUACCCAGCUGAGGCCAAGUCUACAUAUACAGCAGAUCAUGCAGCUUAGUUAUUUCUGAACUGAACCAUCUUAGACUUGGGUGUAGGAAUCAUAUGACUGAAUGGCGUGGCUCAGGGUGGUUUACAUUAAAAUUAAAAAACACAAUUAAAAAAUUAAACCAGAUUAAAAUUAAAACUAGAUAUCAUUAAAAGCCAGGCUAAAAAGAUUGUUCUUUAAGACUCUCUUGAAGACCUUAAAUAUAUAUACAUCAUGGAGAAGGUUUCUAUCCUCUAACCUGCCUUCCUUGCUGACAUGCUACUUUUCUUUUGAUGGGGAACUUUUUUUCUUUGAGGAAUAUGCAAUUCCUCACAUGUAGUCCGAAGAAUUUCAGUCCAGGAACAAUUUUAUCACGCCAAAGUCACCUUAGUAGGAGGAGUAAAACUGUAGUCACAUGAUCUUUAGCAAGUGACUUUAUAGAGAUAACAUCUGCAUAGCUAUCAAUUGUAAGCCUUUGGGGGGGGCUGGAAUUUUUUUUAAUACAAUUUUAUAUAUAAUUUUUAAAAAACACCAUGUUGCUAUUUUUAUUUGUAGAGCUCCGAUGAUGAUUUUAUCCAGAUCCCUGGUCACAUGCAGAACCAAACUUCUCCCAUGUUCCAAUUUCUAUCUUACUCUGAGAAUCUCUUUCUCUGCUGCAGUCUCCUCCCUAUCUUGGUUGUUGUUGAGAAAGACCUUUGUGUUUGCAACAUGAGAAAUGUGUAUACACAUCCAGUGCUUUGCACUGAAACCAACCAGAUGUUCCUACCAUUAAGGCUAUGCACACCAUCACAAUGUGGGAGGUGGCAGGGAGGGCAAGGCCCAAAUCAUCUUUGCAUAGCAAAACCUCCCCCCCCCCGCCCCUGACUAUCCAAAACAUGCUGCUGGGAGUGUGGCUCAAGCUCCCAGAUGAUCCAUACUGCCAGUGCACUACACAACGAGUGCAGUGCAUUGAGGGAUACUCCCGUUAGACGGGGGCUCCAGGUGCCAGUCUCUGUGUCUGCUUGGGCUGCUUGCAGCCCGAGCAAACACACGAUCCCAGCCGUGGGGUUAAGGACAUGCUCGCACCCCUAACUCUGGCUAACGUCCAGGUUUAAAAGUCAGGUUAGAUGACACAGCAGCACAGGGAUCGUGCCCGAUCCUGGCACUUCACAUACACAGCCUAACCCAUGCUAGGCUGCACUUGUGUGAAUAGGCUAAUUCUCUUUUUAGUGAUGAAAAUAAACUCUGUUAGAGACUGGAGGAAAUAUGUAAAAUGCUAAUAUUUUAUGCACAGGGUGCUUCAAUAUAGACAAUAAUAGUGGUGUCUUUCUUCCAAGAGCCAGGGCUUGCUUCCUCCAUAAUGUUCUUUAAAGUAUACCUCAUUCAUUUGUCUCUUGGCACAACAUUAGAUAAGCAGAAAUUUGGAACAAAGGCACAAAUAGUGUGGUUACUAAGAAGCUAUCUUUUUACUGGUAUCUUUUGAUCACAUUGUUCUAAAAUUACAGCACUUGGUCCUAAUGAACCUAGUGAGCUUCAUUGGGGAGAAAGGUAAAAAUAAAUAAAAUCUAAGAACUCUAGUCCUGUAGAAUAUCCACACACACACCCCCCGCCUGGGAAAAAAAAAAAGACUCCAUGCAGGAAUCAAAAUACGAUAUUUAGGAUUUUAUUAUAUUCACCAGAAUUUAUGGUGGAGAUCUCUCUAUUGAACUGACCUAAAAGCCAUUUCACACAUUACAAAGACGCAAACCAGGAGUUGCCAUUGAAUGCACACUUGACAGAAAACUAGACGUGAUGUGGAGGUUCAUGGUUGGAAUCUCAUAUAUAGUCUGAGAGCAGCCAUGCUAUGAUGGCCCCCAUGGCACGGAGAGAGGGGCUUACAGACAGUGUACUGUGCCACCCAUGAAAAGGGGGAUGCAUGCACACUGGCUCCUUGUGAGUCCAAAGCACAUACUUGCUUCUGCUGAGCUCACAGUGUCUCCAUGGCUUCUAAGAGAUGCAUCACUGCUGUACAGAUGCUGCUCCCAUUAUUCCCAAUAGGAGCAGGGUCACUGCAGCUCUGAUGCAAUUCUUAGCAGCCACAGAGGAUCUGCAAACUCAGUAGAAGUGAGGAUGUGGUUUGGACUCGCAUGGAGUCAGCAUACAUGCAUCCCCCUUCCAUGGGCAACACAGUGUCCUGUAUGUAAGCUAGGGAGUCUACUAACUCUUUGCUCAUGUUUCAUAACCCAAAUUAACCCCCCCCCUUUUGAGGAAGUAAUUUGCAUUGGGACUAAGUUCAGGGCCAAAAGGUUGGAUUGGCCCAUGCAGUGUAAGGGCAAAGGUUUGGAUUGGCCACAGCCCCAAUCCAAAUAUUGGCCUCCCACAGCUGUUUUUCAGUGAAAAAUAUAAAGCAUUGGAAAUGCCAAACAUCACAUCUGGUUCGACCCCAGGUGUAUCUGUAUGAUAAACAUGUUAGCAAACAUGUGUUUGUCAUUUUGACAGCUAGGUGUACACUUAAAACUUCUCAUGUGCACAUCUAACAAUGUAACAGGUGAGCAAAAAAACUCAGGAAAUAAUGUAAAUCUGUAACCCACAGCCAUUUCCCCAAAGAAACUCUUUUGGGGUGGGGCAUGUUUAUAUGUAUGCUGCACUGCCCAAUUAGAAAAAGCCCAUUCUAAUUAAUUGCUAAAGCAAGAAGGAUACUCAAGGGUGUUCUGAGUAAAACAUACUUGGUGUGUUACAACUUAGGGUGCAUAAGUGACUUGUGGGCAUGCAAUGCUGACUAUUCUCAACUGUUCUGAGAAGUAUUUUAAAGCCAAUGUAUCUAAUAUGGUUUUUGUAUUAGGAAGAAGAGGCACGUCGUCUCUAAAUGUGUACAACGAUUUUGCAACCUUUCAGUUUUUCUGUAAAUGAGUUCCUGUAUGUUCAUCUUAUUACCAAAUAAAAGCAAUGAGAUCUCCA